AUGAGUUACAGCUCACCCUCUGUGCAUGACUUGUAUCACAGCACCACCACCACGCCUAAGCCAGACCCAGGGACAGCUCUGGAGGUGACUGUACGAGAACCAGCUACCAUAAGCCCUGAGACUACCAGUUUCAACAGCACCAAAAUCCCGGAUGUGGGCAGCACUGGACCUGGCAUGAGCACAAUGCUGCUGUCCUUUGGUAUCAUUACUGUCAUUGGGUUGGCUGUAGCUAUGGUUCUGUAUAUCAGGAAGAGGAAGAGGCUGGAGAAACUACGGCACCAGCUCAUGCCCAUGUACAACUUUGAUCCCACCGAGGAACAGGAUGAACUGGAGCAGGAGCUGCUGGAACAUGGGCGGGAUGCAGCAUCUUCCCAGGCAUCACAGAGCAAGAUUCUGCUGACAAGUCAAGGAGCCCUCCAGAGACCCAGCCGUCUUGUGUUCACAGACGUUGCCAAUGCCAUCAAUGCAUGA